CUGUCCUGACCCGCAAUAGCUUCGAUUAGGGCCUUCGUACGCCUUGCCUUCCAAGAGGUGCCUGUGCUGCCCGGGACUGUCUCCUUCCCAACACCAACUCGAGCUCCUUCCUCGCUCCUACUUCACCUUCCCAUCCCCCAUUGUCUCCCCAUUCCCACCACAAAAAGCUUUCCUUACCUUUCCCCUCCACAACUCCUCCACAAACAAACCUCUCCCCCCACCACAGAGAAGAACUUCAUCAGCACUCUUCUUUGUGUCUCCUCCCAAAGAAUCUUUCUCAACUUGUCUGCCACCUUACGGCAUUACCUUUGUUUCUAUCUUCUGCAAAGUAUUGACCCUCCAAGAAGAGAUUGUCCGACGUCACGAUGUCUACACCUCCCUCCGCGGGUCUCACCCCCAAGACCCCCAAGCGAAGCUCUCCUCCGGCUUUGAAGCCUCGUCACGAAGAGGAGAACAUCCAGCCUUCCAUCGAGUCAGCUGCCUCGGGUCUCCCUGCCUUCAAGCAGAGGCAAACUAUUGCAACUCUUGCUUCAUCCAAGCUCGCCAAUCAGAAUGUUCUCAAGGUUGGUUCUUCCACCCGCAAUCUGCCGCUCCGCUCACAGCGACGACAGAAGAAGGCCAAUCAGGACACUAUUGCUGGCACGAACCCUAUGGAUAUGCUCCUUGCCAAGCUAUCUGAGCAGCAAGCUGCCCUCGAUCAACAGAACGAGGCUUUGAAGAACUCUGAUGAGAACAGCUUGUACUCCCGUCACUUCGACAAGGCUUCUUCGACGACGAACUUGGUCCCUAUCACUCCUGCCACGGACUCGUUCCCCACGACUGCACCUACGAGUCGCCCAACCAGUGCCGCUCUUAAGGAGACUAGCGGCAACGUGGACGAGCUCCUUCGACUGAAGAUGGAGCUUGCCCGAGCGCAGAACAAGAUCUCUCGCCUUGAUCACGAACUGGCUCAGUCGCGCUCGGUCAAGCAAGAAGAAGACAUUGCUCCGGCUCCGCCUGCGGCUCGUUUGGGGGCAUUCGGAGCUGAGAACGCCUGGCCUACCGACGACAACUCCUCGGAUAUCGGCGCCCCUUCCAUCAACAACUACAGUCGUCCCCGCCAUUGGGGCAACAACAGAGCUCCUCUCUCCUUUGGUGCGGCUGCUCUCAUUUCCGACUCUGGUGGUGACUGGUUCGUUGGCGGACGUGGCGGCUUCAACCAGGGCUAUAUGGACCCCGCUGGUCCGUACUCUAUGGCGGAUGGUUAUCGCAAUGAUCGCAUGAGCCAUGAACCCGAGAUGUACUCUCGGCCCCCUAGCAGUCGCCGAAACAACCGGUUCGACAACAGCCGCUGGCCGUCUCCUCAGCCAUACGGAGGAAUUAACUUUGGACAUAACUUUGGCGGCUUCACUCCCUCUCCUGCUCCGUUCGACCCCAUGGGUGGUCCUCCAGGCAGCGCUUCAGGCAACAUGGGCUAUCAAGGCUUCAACCAGCAGGGCCCGGGAAGUUCAUUGUCGCCCCAUGCAACUGAGUUCACCACUGGCGAUGGAUGGAAGAGCGAGGCCAUUGCCACUGAGGGCCAGACGUACCUGCCAACUACUGAGCCUCUCAACUAUCGCCGCUUGUUGGACCGGAACGUCAAUUGCAACUGGAAGUAUAUUGUGGAUAAGAUUGUCUGCAACAACGACCAGCAGGCCUCCAUCUUCCUGCAGCAGAAGCUCAAGGUUGGCACUCCGGACCAGAAGUACGAGAUCGUGGAGGCAAUCGUUGCUCAAGCAUAUCCUCUCAUGGUCAACCGUUUUGGCAACUUCCUUGUACAGCGUUGCUUCGAGCAUGGCACUCCGGAGCAGGUUGUUAAGAUCGCGGAAGCCAUUCGCGGCAAUACUCUCAAUCUGUCCAUGGAUCCAUUUGGUUGCCAUGUCGUUCAGAAGGCGUUCGACUCCGUUCCCGAGGACUACAAGGCUAUCAUGGUCCAUGAACUCCUUCGCAGAAUUCCCGAGACCGUCAUUCAUCGUUACGCCUGUCAUGUCUGGCAAAAGCUCUUUGAGCUUCGAUGGUCCGAGUCCCCGCCCCAGAUCAUGAAGUUCGUCAACGAGGCUUUGCGAGGCAUGUGGCACGAAGUCGCUUUGGGCGAAACUGGCAGUCUGGUUGUCCAGAACAUCUUCGAGAAUUGUCUCGAGGAAGAUAAGCGGCCCUGCAUUGAGGAAGUCCUUGCCAACAUUGACAUUGUGGCUCACGGACAGUUCGGAAACUGGUGCAUCCAGCAUAUUUGUGAGCAUGGCGCUCCAGCGGACAGAAGCCGUGCUAUCGACCAUGUCAUUCGCUACGCUGCCGAAUACAGCACUGAUCAGUACGCCUCCAAGGUUGUUGAGAAGUGCCUGAAGAUUGGCGGUGGAGAGUUCCUCAGUCGCUAUCUUGACCGGGUCUGUGAGGGUCGUGUCGAUCGCCCUCGCAUCCCCCUCGUCGACAUUGCAAGCGACCAGUACGGCAAUUAUCUCAUUCAGUACAUCCUCACACAUGCGGGUCUGCAGCACCGCGAGGUUGUCGCCGCCCACAUUCGCAAGCACAUGGUCUCUCUUCGUGGCUCCAAGUUUGGAUCUCGUGUGGGCAUGCUUUGCACCAACCCCGCUGUCGCUACUCGUCCCGGUCCCGGAGUUGGCCCUGCCAUGAACCGAAUGGGUGCCGGUCCUCGUUACAGCGGCGGUGGCGGAGGCUACCGUUAGACUUUGUCACCAUCUUUUCAUACUGUCACCAUCAACUUCUCAACUGUUCUCACUCUGCGUCACUAUAGGACCUCUUUCCCCUAAUUCCUUGUCACCCCAUUCGAUUUCCCUCAACUUUGACAAAGUCAUUGCACCACCUCAUUUGUCCGUGCUUACGAAACAUCUUCCUCAGCCAUUAAUUUACAAAUCAGCUGUCAUCCUACGCUCGGCAGGUUAUUACUUGUCUGAGUGCAUUGGACACUUCAUGGUUACGGAUUUUGCGAUAUGGAGUUGCGUCAGUGUGACCUCGAAACCCUAAGUGGGCGUUGGAGUUGCAUCACGAAGCCCAGCCAGAAUGCUCGCAUCUAUACAUGGCGGUUCAUCGACACAUCCACAUACCCCUUUGAUACUCCUUUAGUCUCAUCAAAAUUCAAACUGGACAACCCGGAGGAUGGCGAGGAUGGACAACUAGGCAAGCAUGGCAUAUCAGACCAAAAGUCAAAGACAAUGAU